UUAAAUUAGGGUUUAUGAAAGGAUUCGACAAUGACAGCUGCCCUACCUUCCUCCUGGCAAAGUUUUGGGUAAAGGAAGAAGAUUCGUUUCUCUUCUAAUAUUACUCUUUUCUUUUUUGCUUUAAUUUUUUCCCCUGAAUAUUUCUUCUGCUAUAAAUAUCACAAACAGAAAGAACCCAGAAGUCAACUGCCAAGUGCUCCACCAAGUAUGAUAAAUAACUCCUCCUUCUGUGCAGAAGAACUCCGCAAGUCCGCAUCCCUUUCGGAUAGCGCUCUUAGCUGCCAAGCUUCGUUGAGACAGAGAUAUGAAUAAUGGGUAUAGUUGAGAAUGUCUCUAUUGUUCAAAGUCUGCAACUUUUCGAGGAGUGGAGUGAGCUGCUGUUGAAGCAGAGAGUUGAUGAUGAUAAUCCAGGCAUUCUUCAUGAAAGCGUUGGCAACUUCGCUGAAGAGGCAGACCCAUUUCGGUACACUGAAAACCCGCUUCAACUUUCCACCGCGCACAAGCUUCUGUGUCUCAAAUCAUGCCCUGGCCCUAAGGAGCGAGGACGACCCUGAUGUCCACCACUUGUUUGAUGAAAGUCCCGAGGGGGCACGCUGCAGCAAUCGCUUGCUCUUUGAGCGCUCUCGCAAUAAUAGACACUCCGAGGUUCUGAGCCUCUUCAUGGGUGUUCAUCGUUCUGGUCUUCCUGUUGAUGGAUCGACCAUUUCUUGCGUGCUCAAAGCUUGUGCAUACUCGCUUGAUCAAAAUUUUGGUGUUCAGAUUCAUGGCCAUUGUACCAAGUGCGGAUUUUUGAACGAUGUGAGCGUUGGUACUUCCAUGGUUGAUAUGUACUUCAAGAAUGGGAGCGUGGAGAGAGGGAGGAGAUUGUUCGAUCAAAUGGGGGAAAGAAACGUUGUUUCAUGGACAUCUUUGCUCACCGGUUAUGCGCAGAAUGGUUUGGAUGCUGAGGUGCUGCGAUUGUUCGUUGGAAUGCAAUCAGAAGGGGUUCAACCUGGACCUUUUACUUUUGCCACGGUUAUUGGGUCACUAUCGGGUGAAAGAAUGGUUGAGAAGGGACUCCAACUUCAGGCUGCAGCAAUAAAGAACGGGUUUCAAACAGCUACACCAGUUUGCAAUUCUUUGGUCAGCAUCUACUCAAAAUCUGGAAGGAUUAGGGAAGCGAAAGCAGUAUUUGAUCGUUUAUCUGAUAGGACUGCAGUUAGUUGGAAUAGUAUGGUUGCUGGUUAUGCAACCAAUGGACUGCAUUCCGAAGCACUUGAGAUAUUUCACCACAUGAGACUUGUUAAUGCCAAGCCAAGCAACAUGACUUUUGCUGCUGUAAUCAAGCUCUGCACCAGUAUUAAAGAACUGGGCUUUCAACAGCAGCUACAUUGCUUGGUACUGAAAACUGGGUUUGAAUUCGACCAGCAUAUCAGGAUAGCCCUCAUGGUUGGUUAUAGCAAGUGCAAGGUAAUGGAUGAUGCUUUUGAGAUAUUCUCAGCUUUGGGUGAAGAAGCUCGUAAUGUGGUGGCAUGGACUGCUAUGAUCAGUGGCUACCUGCAAAAUGGAAAGGCAAAGAGAGCUGUGGAGCUUUUCCUUCAAAUGAACAGGGAAAGUGUUAAGCCGAAUGAGUUUACGUAUUCCACAAUCCUCUCAGCUCAGCCGAUGGUUUCUCCUCAUCAAGUUCACGCACAAGCUAUCAAAGCGAACUCUGAGAAGUCUCCCACAGUUGGAACUGCACUCUUGGACACCUAUGUGAAAUUAGGAGAAGUUGACGAAGGUUCAAAGGUUUUCGACAGGAUAGAGAAGAAGGAUAUCGUCGCAUGGUCAGCCAUGGUAGCUGGAUAUGCUCUGAAAAGAGAUACAGAGGCUGCUGUCAAGACGUUUGUUGAGAUGGCGGAACAUGGUAUCAAGCCUAACGAGUAUACCUUCUCCAGCGUCAUAAAUGCGUGUGCUUCUUCAAUGGCGCCAGUACAGCAGGGGAAACAGCUUCACGCCUGGUCAAUAAAGUCAACAUUCAACAAUGCUUUCUGUGUGAGCAGUGCUCUUGUCACCAUGUACGCCAAAACUGGCGACAUUCUGAGUGCUAACGAAGUUUUCAGAAGGCAGCAGGACAGAGAUUUGGUGUCGUGGAAUUCGAUGAUCUCAGGUUAUGCACAACACGGCCAUGUGAACAACGCUCUCCAGGUGUUUGACGAAAUGCGGAGACAAAACAUGGAGAUGGAUGGUGUGACUUUCAUUGGUGUCAUUUCUGCCUGCGUGCACGUUGGACUAGUGGAGGAAGGUCAAAGGUACUUCGACAUGAUGGUUAGAGAUCACUGUGUUGAGCCGACGAUGGAGCAUUAUUCUUGCUUGGUUGAUCUCUAUGGCCGAGCUGGAAAGCUUGGGAAGGCCAUGGAUAUCAUCAAUGGAAUGCCAUUUCCACCUAGUGCAACCGUGUGGCGAACCCUACUGGGUGCUUCCCGUGUGCACCGCAAUCUAGAGCUCGGAACACUUGCAGCCGAAAAGCUGAUCUCUUUGCAGCCACAAGACUCUGCAGCUUAUGUCCUGCUGUCGAACAUGCAUGCAAUGGCGGGGAACUGGAAGGAGAGAGCCAGAGUGAGGAGUUUGAUGGAUGGGAGAAAGGUGAAGAAGGAAGCUGGGUACAGUUGGAUCGAGGUGAAGAACAAGACUUACUCAUUUUUGGCGGCUGAUUCGUCUCAUCCAAUGUCCAACGAGAUAUAUGAGAAGCUUGAGGAGCUGCGGAUGAGGUUGAAAGAUGCUGGGUAUCAGGCUGAUACUGAUCAUGUGCUGCUUGAUGUUGACGAAGAACACAAAGAGGCCAUUCUUUCUCAGCACAGUGAGAGGCUAGCGAUUGCUUUUGGGUUGAUUGCUACGCCACCAGGUACUCCAUUGCGGGUCAUGAAGAAUCUCAGAGUCUGUGGAGACUGUCAUGUUGUGAUUAAGUUGAUCUCCAAGAUAGAAGGGAGGUACAUUGUUGUUAGGGAUACGAACCGGUUUCAUCAUUUUAAGGAUGGGUCGUGCUCUUGUGGAGAUUAUUGGUGACAGCCCAUUAAAGGCCAGCUGGUAAUCUGGAUAGGCUGUUGGCUUGGAUGAGCCAUGGUGUCAGGCGGGUCAGUUGCCCAAGGAAUUUGAAGUGCUGGGGAGAAGCCGACAUGGGGGUGCUACUACCGUGGAGAAUUAGAAGAAAAGAUUUUAAUUCUUCACUGUCAUCUGGAGGUAAAGUUUGUUACUCUUCUGCUUGUUUUUUAUGGAUCAAAGAAGAAAAGCAUGCUAGUCCUUUUCAAUUUGCCUAGUCUUGUUCAUCAAAACUCUGUGCCGUUCUGCACAAGAAAUAGUUAUAUGUAUAUCGUUCUAUCAGACCUACUCCGUGUUUAGUCAUGUUGUAAUCUUCAGUCGAUUGUGUUUUCUUAUCAUAACUUUAUUCAAUGUAUAGGUGUUAGGAGAGCAAGAUCAAGUGAUGGAAUCAUCUGAGAAGCAUCUUCAUUUAUUUGUUAGUUGCUAGUGGUGUUGAUAAAGAAAACAGUGUGUUGUAAGCUGAAGGCUGAAGGCUGAAGGUCAUGAAGAUAAUUGGAAAGGAUUUCAUUAGCUUCUUUGAUGCUAACGUGUUUUGGGCUGGGGGAUAAAGCCUGAUUACCUUGUUCUCCAAGAAACUUUAUCCUGGACUGGGAGGAACUUCUUACACAAUUCAAGAGCCACCUCAAUGUUGAACUUCUGGAGGGCAUGAAGCUGAUCGUUGAGCCUCUCAAACUGCUACAUAAAGAUGAGGUAUCAGUUUCAAGAUCUCCUCCCAAAAGAUCUAUGUCUGUGUGUUUGCUAAUUCGUUCUAACCUGAGCUCUACACCUUCCUGCAUGAAGGUUCUUGCAGUGAGAGUGUAGAAUAAUGUAACAGAAGCCAAUGCUUUGCAUAUCCUCUCUCAGGGCUCAUCUUAGACCAUACCAAUACAGUUACCUACUAUUCUUUCAUUAGAGCAUUUGAUUGAAGUUAUUACUCGAGGGGAACGACCACUAAGCUAGAUGCAUGCACGCAUCAGUACCUUCGAUAAUUAAAAGCGCAUCAAGUUAGUUGCAUAUCUGUAGGAGAGUGUUACAUGGGCAGAUUUUGAAUGCAUGUGAAAUUACUUUCAUCAUCGUGUAACAUUACCCGGGUCCACAUUAGGACUAGCUCGUGCUAAUCAUUGUUGUUCAUAAUCUGCCUUGAAAUUUCAGGUACUGUUUGAACUCAAGUUCCUUGCUAAUGUUAAAACCGAGCCAUGACAUCAGAGCCUCCAGCACGAAUGCUGUUGCCGGGAUGUAUUUUGCAGAUGCUAUGUUUUUUCGCUCUUGGUCAUGAUUUCGCUGGGGUGCACAGCCAGUUUGCCAUUGAGCCCCUGGGUUUGCAUGAACUAAAUUCAUUAUGGUCCGCAAUGCAACAUUCGUGAGGCUUUGAUGGCUUGUGGGGAAGAAUAGCAAUGAUGUCUAAGCUUACGACUUCAUACACAUGCAGUGACAAGGAGACAAAUAGCUAUACGCUGAGAUGGGAAUGGAGAUGCCUAUUUAAUGUCACAACCCGACCCGUUCAUUAGACACAACAAAUAAACAGAACGCACUUGCCAUGGCUUCGGUUUAUAUUCAAAUUUCAAAGUGGCCAAAAGCUACAAGCUUGAGCUGUUACAACUAUCGGAACUCAGACCUUCACCUUCUCCAGAAGAGUUGGCAUACAAGAAAAGUCGACUUCUUUCAGCCCUUGUCUCUGUCAAUCCAUGUUAAGGACUCCGAUCAUCCUCGAGCCUUUCUAAUAACCAAUGCAAAAUCUCAGCAGGCUGCAAUCAACCUCCGUUGUUCGUCCUGUUCUGAGAAACCUAAGCAGUUUAGUUGCCCAUUGCCACAGGACACCAGCAGAGGAUGCAUUCCUACGCGUUCUCUUCAUACGGCAAUGGCAUAUGAUGGCAAAGAUGCAGGCGAGCAGCAGAGCUAAUGUUGCUAGCGCCCGAUGUUUAAUUGUGCUUCGAGCCAAAGACAUGCCUGAAUAAUUUGCUACAUAAAAUGCAUGAAACCUU